GGUCAUUAAUUUUUGAUAAUACAUAAUUUUAAUCUGCAAUAUUCUUAAUAAUAAAUACAUACAUAGAUAGAUAGAUAUUUGGAAAUGUAGGAAAAUAGUGAUAAGCAAAAUAUUUUAAAAAUAUAAGAUGAAUGGCAAAAGGGAUUUUUUGACAAGCUCAAAGAAUUAGGUGUAGAUUAAUUAAAUAAUUAAGAUAAUUUACUUGCUAUCAAUGGGGAUCUUUCAUAACAGAUUUUAAAUAAUAAAGAAGAGCCUAUCCAAAACGAAGAAAAUACUUUAAGAGGAACUGUUAAUGAUAUAUUGAAAAAAAAGAAAAAGCAUAAAGAAAAUAAAAAUUAAACAAUAAAGCUGUCAGAAGAUUAGGAUUCGCCUAAAAAAUCAAAGCUUAAUAGCAAAUAGUGGAAAUAAGACGAACUUAAAAAGUUUUAUAAAGGCUUGAAGACUUAUGGUUUAAAUUUUUAAUUGAUAAGUGAUUAUAUGAAAACUAAGACUAUGAAAUAAGUUAGAUAAAAAUAUAAUAGGGAGUGUAAGAAAAAUAAAAAACUCAUUGAUGAAACACUUAAAUACUAUGAUGAGACGGGAUAAAAAAAGGCAAGAAAAAUAAUUAAAGCUAAGUUCAAUUAACUCAAAAGGCUUAAUAGUAAUUUAUAAAGCUAAAAAAGUUUAGAGUAGCUUUCACAAAUACCAUCAAACAGCUACUAGCUAUCAAAAUCUGAAAGUGUAAACUCAGCUUUUGAUUUUAUGGACUAAUAAAUAGCUAAUAUUUGCAAGAAAAAAAUGGAAGAAAAGGAAAAUUAAAAUAAUUCUUAAGAAAACUCUAAAGAAACAAAGUGA